AUAGUACGGCAUAGAAAAACUGCAAAACAAAAGAUGCGUUCUAGCUCGCCGCGAAAGCAAACAGAGGAGGGCGAGGAGGAGUGAUUAGCACGCGUCCUCUGCCACCGUGCGCGUGUUAUGAGGUGGUGCGAGAGAGCCAUUUGCGUGCGAGCCCGUGCCCCGUCCCGCCACCCGCCCGCCCCGCCCCGGAGCGCGACAAAAUGUGAAGGGUGGGCCACUUGUGUUGAGGGAUGGCAACCCAGGUGGGUGUCCUCCGCCUCCAGCUCAGCCGCCGCAUCGAGCUCCGCCUCAUACGCGUGUGGCUGUGGGCGACGGAGCCGCCGCUGCGGCCUUCCGCCGUCGGGGCGACGGCGACGGCGGCAGCGGGCCGGGCGGCGGCGGCGACGGUGGCGGUGGUAAGGGCGGCAGCAGCGAAUAAGGCGGCGGCGAGGGCGGCGGCGGCGGCGGAGGAGGCGGGCUCGGUGGGGGCGGCGACGGUGGAGGCGGCGGGGCGGCGGCGGUGAGGGUGGCGGCGGUGAGGGCUGCGGCGGUGAGGGCUGCGGCGGUGAGGGCUGCGGCGGCGAGGGCUGCGGCGGCAAGGGCGGCGGCGGCGGCGAGAGGGGGAGGCCACGACGGCGGCGGCGGGCUGCGCGGCGGCGGGCUGGGCGGCGACGACGACGACGACGACGACGACGACGGCGGCGGCGGCGGCGGCGGGCUCGGUGAGGGCAGCGACGGUGGAGGCGGCGAGGGAAGCGGCGGGCUACACGGCGGCGGCGAGGGCGGCGGCGGCAAGGACGGCGGCGGCGAGGGGGGAGGCGGUGACAGCGGCGGCGGGCUGGACGGCGGCGGCGACAGCGGCGGCGGCGGCGACGGCGAUCUGCUUCUCCUCGCGGCCUCCGUCGAUGGGAUCCUGUCGGCAGCCGGGCGGCGGCCGGACGGUUCGGUGAGAUGAGAGGCGCUGCCGAGCGCGGAGUGGGCGCGGGGGGUCCAUCGGGGAUGGCUGGCGGCCGGGGGCGCAGACCCACACCGUCAUGCUCGGUGUCGGUGGGUCCCACGGAUUGAGCGUGUAGGUGUGUGGUCGUGAG